AUGCUGCAGGGGGCGCUGCGGGGGUGGGCGGACGACGUGGCGCACCUGCUGCAGGUGCCGCGGCCGCUGGCGGUGCUGCUGGCGGGCGACCCCGAGGUCUUCCUCACGAGGCGGCCUGAGGAGAUCCUGACGGCCAUCCACGGCCUCUGCGACGCCCUGCGCGCCCCCUUCACCGCCGCGCGCGACCUCGCGCUCGCGGAGCCCCGCCUGCUGCUGGCGACGCCCGCGCAGGUCUCGGAGCAGCUGGCAGCCCUGCGCGCGCUGCUGCCGGACGCCCCGCGCGCCGCGUCGGCGGUGGCGGCAGCCAACCCCGGCCUCCUCCUGCCGCCCCACCCGGCCGGCGGCGGCGGCGGCGGGGCUGAGUUGCGGGCGGUCUUGACGUCGCUCGCGGCCGAGCUAGGCGUGGGCGUAUCGGCGGUGGCGGCGGCCGCAGCCUCGAACCCCCUGGUUCUGUCGUCGCCGCCGCCGCCGGGGUCGGCUGCGGCGGCGCUGGCGGCGCUGAGGGGUGGCGGGCUGGGGUCUCAGGGGCGGGUGCUGGAUGUGCUGCUGGCGCAGCCGGCGCUGCUCUACGCCAAUCCUCAGGAGCUGGCCGCCUCGGACGCGGCCAUCUCGGAGGCCCUCUCCUCCCACCCCCCCUGGCGCGCCGCGCUCUCCGCCUCCCUCGACCCCGCCGCCGCGGGCCUGCUGCUGCUGCAGCGGCGCCCGCGGCUGCCGCUGCUGGUGUACCUCAUGGAAAGAGGCCUGCAGGGGCGCAUAGAGUUGAGGGAUGCAAUCGGGAUGGGGCAGACCGCGCGGUACCGGGAGUUCGGGUCCGACUGGCUCGAGUGGCUUGAGCGGUUCAAGGCGCGCGAGCGGCGGCGAGAGGAGCGCGCGGCCGCGGCGGGCUACGGCGGCCCGCCGCGGGGCGAGGGCGGCGGGGGGGUUGAUUGGAGCGGCGUGGGCGGCGGCGGCGCCUGGGCGCGAGAGGACGAGAGGGACGAGGGCAAUCAAGGCGUGGAUUGGGGACAGGUGGACGGGGAUGAGGACGAGGCUGGGGGGGAGGAAGAGGAGGAGAGCGGCGAUCAAGUGGAUUCCGGCGGCGAGGGCAGCGGCGGCGUCGACAGGCGGCGCUCGUUGUCUGUCGUCGGCGGCAUCGUGGUCAACUGGCCGGGGGGCCCCUCUAAGCUCGACCUGCACGUGCUGCGCGCGCAGCGCGCUGCGGCGCGGCUGUACGCGGCGGGGACCGCGGGGCUGCUCGAUGGGUACUGGAGGCGGCAGCUGUGGUUCAGGGAGGAGGGCGGGCCGGGUUCGGCGGCUGUCGGUGGCGGCACCGGCGACGGCAGCGGCGACAGCAGCAGCAGUAACGGCAGCAACGGCAGCGGCGGCGGCGGAAGGGGCAGCGGCAGCAGAGGCCGAGAGCGUGCCGGCUGA